AUGUCCGGCCAACAGCUGCCGCUGAUUGGCACGCGGAUAAAUCAUUCCGGUUUUCUCGGGACUGUCAGAUUUGCAGGCAAUGUGCACGACACCAGCGGCGUCUGGCUCGGUGUCGAAUGGGAUGACCCUCAUCGUGGUAAGCACGAUGGCGUGAAGGACGGCGUCCGCUACUUCUCCUGCUUAGUCCCCAAUUCAGGGUCUUUCAUACGCCCGUCACCAACAAUAUCUUAUGGCAGAUCCUUCCUCACCGCCAUGUACGCCAAAUACAUUGAAAUGCCUCAUGGCGAGGCCCUCGAAAAAUUGAUCCUAGGCUCAUCGCAUGGCGCGAUCGAGGUGGAAGCAGUUGGCUUGGACAGAAUCCGGAGCAAGCUCGCGCGCCUCGAGCGGCUCCGUGAGGUCAGCCUCGACGGUGAGAGUGUGGCCGCCGCAGACCCACCUGGAGCCGUCGCAGACACAUGUUCUGGUAUGCGCGGUCUGGACCUAUCCAAGAAUCUCAUCCCAUCAUGGGAUGUCGUCGCACAAGUCACAUCCGAGCUUCCGCAUCUUCGCGCGCUGGCACUCAACCAGAACCGCCUGAGACCCGUGACCAACCGAGUCCUUGCCGCGUCUGCUUUUCGGAACCUACGCGAGCUCCAGCUCAACGCGACGCUGACCACAUGGGUGGAUAUGCAGCUCGCGACAAGCGCCAUGCCAGUCCUCGAGACUGUUGAGAUGGGUUACAACCGUCUCGAAUCACUGUCUCCCGGCAGCGAUGAUGACUCCGGCGCGCCGCCCAGCGUCCCACCGCUCCGUGAGCUCAAUUUCGAUAGUAAUGGUCUGCACAGCUGGCCGGCAGUCUGUCAUGCCUUACGGCCGUACACGACACUUCAGCGCCUAGUGCUCCCCUCCAACUGCGUCGAGACAAUCGAGCCGCUCGCUGAUUUGUCACAGUCGCCCAUCGCAGGUCUGAAGCACCUCUCUCUCUCGUUUAACCGCCUGAGCGCGUGGAGCGAUAUCGAUCGCCUGCCGCUGUGGUGCCCCGUGCUCGAGUCGCUGGCACUCGCGGGCAACCCUGUCACCGAAGGCAUCGCGCACGCGCGGCAGUUCGCCAUCGCGCGGAUCCCCUCCUUAACGAGCCUGGAUGCAGCCCCCAUCUCGAACAAGGAGCGCGUCGACAGCGAGCUGUUCUACCUCUCAUAUGUGAGCAAGCACGGACCGCUUGACGAAGACGCGCUAUGCCGCGAGCACCCGCGCUGGCGAGCGCUCUGCGAAAAGCACGGGCGGCCCGAUCAUACGCCAGCCGCCCCGCGAGACAGACCUGACACCCUCAGUAGCCGCCUCAUUCAGGUGAACGUCCGUCAAUGCGUCGACGGCCUUUCGAAGGGUCCGAACACCACGACCACGGGCCCGGCCAUGGCACUGCGCGUCCUGCCCACCAUGUCCAUGCGGACGUUCUCCAUGAAGGUAGCAAAGUCGUUCAAGAUCCCGCGGGCUGCUCAGGCGUCCCUGCGAAUACGGCUACAAAUGCCCGAUGACCAUCUCGCGCUGGUUGAUCAGGAUGACACGCAUGAUUUGGACUGGUGGGGCGUAGACAACAAUGCAGACAUAUACAUAUCCCUCGAGCAGACAUGA